AUGCUGUCUAAACUUAUCCUUUUGGUGCUCGUGGCCUUUUCGGCAAUGGCUGCUGCCAUUCCGGUGCCCGAAGACGAACCAAACGCAAAGGCCACGGAUCGGCUGGUUUUCUGUCAUUUCAUGAUUGGUAUCUGCAGCAACCGCCACAGCGCUGCCGAUUAUGACGACGACAUGAAGCGCGCCAAGGCACUGGGAAUUGAUGCCUUUGCGCUGAACAUCGGUGUGGAUCCCUACACUGACCAGCAGCUCAAUCUUGCAUAUGAAUCGGCCGCCAGAAAUGACAUGAAGGUUUUCAUUUCUUUUGACUUCAAUUGGUAUAAUACUGGACAGGCGGGUGCUGUUGGUCAGAAGAUUAGGCAGUAUGGCGGCCUUCCGGCACAGCUCAAGGUCGAUGGUAAGAUCUUUGCGUCUUCGUUUGCCGGCGACGGCCUCGACAUUGGCCAAAUGAAAUCAGCCGCCGGCUCGGACGUAUUCUUUGCCCCCAACUUUCAUCCAGGCCAGGGAGACUUCAACGCCAUUGACGGUGCAUUGAACUGGAUGGCUUGGGACAAUAACGGCAACAACAAGGCGCCAACCCCCGGGCAUAAUGUCUCUGUCGCCGAGGGUGACACUGCAUAUGUCAAUGCGCUGAAGGGCAAGCCUUAUAUUGCGCCUGCCUCUGGAUGGUUCUUUACCCACUUUGGAGGCGAGGUGCCCUAUAGCAAGAACUGGGUGUUCCCGGGCGAUCUUCUGUGGUACAACCGAUGGCAGGAGAUCUUGAAUCUCGGUCCUCGCUUCAUCGAGAUUGUCACCUGGAACGACUACGGCGAGUCGCAUUACAUCGGACCGCUGGCGUCGCCUCACACGGACGAUGGCGCCUCGAAAUGGGUCAUGGACAUGCCACACGGAGGCUGGCUCGAGAUGUCUAAGCCCUUCAUUGCCGCCUACAAAGCCGGCGACAAGAACGUCAACAACUACAUCAAGGAUGAAAAGUUGGUCUAUUGGUACCGACCUACUCCGAGAGAUCUGAACUGCGAUGCCACCGACUCCACCAUGCAAGGUAAUCCCAACAACGCCAGCGGCAAUUUCUUCCGCGGCCGACCGAAUGGCUGGGAGACCAUGAAGGACGAAGUCUUCGUGGUGUCUCUGCUCAAGUCCCCGGCGACGGUGGAAGUCACCUCGGGGCAGACCAAUCGGAAGUUCGAAGCCCCGGCCGGGGCCAGCGCCUUCGCGGUGCCCAUGGGUGUUGGGGAGCAGAAGUUCUCGUUUGCGCGCGACGGCAAGGUGGUGCAGGGUGCCACAAGCUUGAAGAAGAUUGUCAAUUCCUGCAUCUGCGGGCUGUACAAUUUCAAUCCCUACGUGGGCGUCGUUCCAGCCGAGAGCACCAUUGACAAACUUCAGCCGGAUGGACUCACGAUGUUGCAGCAGGGAUUGAAUGCGCCAUGUCCUACCAACACCUUGGGUUCUGAUAGGGCUGCUGCUACAUGAGAGGGAUUUUGUUCUAUGAUCGCUGGGUAUAGGAUAGGAGAAAGGGAUCUGUUCAUUUGGUGUUUUCACUAAGAUUGGUAUCUUGUUUCGUGAGUUACUUGGAUUGUUGCUGGCAGGGUCCGUUCAUUCUUUUCGGCCGCUAGAACGGCAAACACACUCUUUUGUAGAAG